AUGGUGACCAUAGUUCUCGGCAGUCAAUGGGGAGAUGAAGGUGCGCUGUUUCCACCCCGCGUAUCUGGGGGUUUCAAUCCCGCAGUCCCGUUCUGGGGCAAAAAAGAAAAAUGGAUAUGCGGCAACUCAGAGAGACCCAGCGCUAAUUCGAAUAUGUUCAUAGGAAAGGGGAAGAUUACCGACAUGCUGUCGCAGAAGGCGACGCUCUGCGCUCGUGCAGCUGGUGGCCACAACGCCGGACACACCAUCGUCCACGACAACGUAACCUACGACUUCCACAUCCUGCCUUCAGGCCUCGUCUCGCCCUCAUGUAUCAACCUUAUCGGCGCCGGUACCGUCUUCCACGUCCCCAGCUUUUUUAAGGAGCUCGCACAUCUCGAAACCAAGGGCCUCAGCACCGCCGGCCAGCGCGUUUUUGUAUCUGACCGUGCGCACGUCUGCUUCGACCUGCACUCCGUGGUCGAUGGUCUUGAGGAGGCUGGCCUGGGUGGCCGCAAGGUCGGCACCACCGGGAAGGGCAUCGGACCCUGCUACAGCGACAAGGCCGCACGCCGCGGUGUGCGUGUGGGUGAAAUCCUGGACGAGGAAACCUUCGAGCGCAAGCUGCGUACUCUGGACCGAGGAUACCGUGCUCGUUUUGGCGAGCUUGACUACAGCGUCGAAGAUGAGAUUGCCCGAUUCAAGGAAUACCGCGUCAAGCUCAAGCCCUUCAUCGUCGACCAACUCGAGUUCCUGCAGAAGCACCAAAACUCCCCCAACACCCUCGUAGAAGGCGCCAACGCCCUCAUGCUCGACCUCGAUCACGGCACCUACCCCUUUGUGACCUCUUCUUCGACUGGCCUCGGCGGCGCCGUGCAAGCGCUCGCCUUGAACCCCACAAGCAUCAAGUCCGUGAUCGGUGUCAUCAAAGCCUAUACCACCCGCGUCGGCUCCGGGCCCUUCCCCAGCGAACAGCUCAACGCCGACGGCGAGAAAUUACAAGCCGUGGGCCGCGAAUUCGGCGUCACAACCGGCCGCAAGCGUCGGUGCGGCUGGCUGGAUCUCGUGCUCGCGCGCUACUCGAACGCGAUCAACCACUACACGGCGCUGAACCUGACGAAGCUCGAUGUGCUGGAUGACUUUGAUGAGAUCAAGGUUGGCGUGGCUUACGUGCUGCCGGACGGAAAGCGCACGACGGGCUCGUUCCCCGCUGAUCCGACCAUCCUGGACAAGCUGACCGUGGAGUAUGUCACGCUGCCAGGCUGGAAGAGCAACACUAUGGGUAUUACCCGCUACGAGGAUCUGCCCCCUAAUGCUCGUGCAUACAUCGAGUUCAUCGAGAAGGAAAUCGGUGGUGUUCCUGUGAAAUGGAUUGGCACGGGCCCCGCGCGUGAGCACAUGAUUGCCCGCAAGUGA